AUGGAGACCGGCAGGCAAACAGGUGUGUCUGCUGAGAUGCUCGCCAUGCCCCGAGGUCUGAAGGGCAGCAAGAAGGAUGGAAUCCCUGAGGAGCUAGAUGGGAACUCGGAAGAACCCAGGGAUCAGGAAGGUGAGCUCAGGAGUGAGGAUGUCAUGGACCUCCCAGAAGGUGACAAUGAGGCCUCAGCCUCAGCUCCUCCUGCAGCCAAAAGACGGAAAACACAUACGAAAGGCAAGAAGGAGAGGAAGCCCACCGUGGAUGCAGAGGAGGCUCAGAGGAUGACAACCCUGCUGUCUGCCAUGUCUGAGGAGCAGCUGUCCCGCUACGAAGUGUGUCGCCGGUCAGCUUUCCCGAGAGCACGCAUUGCGGGUCUGAUGCGGGCUAUCACUGGCAGUUCGGUGUCUGAGAACGCGGCCAUUGCCAUGGCUGGAAUAGCCAAGGUCUUUGUCGGAGAGGUGGUGGAAGAGGCCCUGGACGUGUGUGAGAUGUGGGGAGAGACGCCCCCGCUGCAGCCCAAGCAUUUAAGGGAGGCCGUUCGCAGGUUAAAGCCCAAGGGCCUCUUCCCCAACAGCAACUGCAAAAGAAUCAUGUUCUAG